UUUUUUUUUUGAAGUCUACAGACUACGCUCCUCCUGGAUUGAGAAGGCAGGCAAAUAUACUGGCGGUGGAGGUCCUGGAGGAUAUAACACACACAAAGAAAGUCUCUCUCUCUCUCUGAAUAUCGUCGUCGGUAAUUAAACACCGAUUUGAGUUGACAAAUGGGGAAAAGGAAGGCAAAGACCAAGCCACCCCCAAAGAAGCGAAUGGACAAGCUUGAUACUGUCUUCAGUUGCCCCUUCUGCAACCAUGGAACAAGUGUUGAAUGUCGUAUUGAUAUGAAGAACUUGAUUGGUGAGGCUAGUUGUAGGAUUUGCCAAGAGAGUUUUAGCACAACCAUAACAGCUUUAACUGAACCCAUAGAUAUAUAUAGUGAAUGGAUCGAUGAAUGUGAGCGGGUCAACAACCCCGAAGAUGAUGGUGCGUAGGAAGCUGUUAAGAUGUUCAUAUUUCUGGUUCUCUGUUGGAGGAGGAAGAGUAAACCAGAAACUAAUGUAUAUAUUGUGUUUGCAUGCAUGUCUUGGGAAUUUAAAGACCAAAAACUCUGUUCUCGUAGCUUGUCCCUUUACAAAAUGUCUUGUGAGUAAUUGAAAAAGCAGAAAGCUUUCACCUUAUUCUGAUCAUUUGAAGUGUGAUAAGGGAGCCAAUGAAUGAAGUCCUGUGAACAUAUACUUCGAUUUAAGGUA